AUGGCUUCUCCCACUGCAGUCUUCAGGUCCGGCGCGACCGCUUUGAUUACAGGAGCGGCAUCGGGAGUUGGCCUCUCCGUUGCGAAGCUUUGUGCUGCGCACUCUAUGGACCUCAUUCUUGUCGACAACAACAGUUCAGCGCUUGCUUCCGCCAAAUCAGCAAUCUCAACCAAGGGAAGCGUGGAAUUCCACACGAUGGAUGUCGGCUCCCUGUCCGACUGGGCAAGCCUCAAAACGAGCGUCGAGAAUAGCGGCAAGAAGCUCGACUUCUUGCAUUUGAAUGCAGGAAUUGGUUUGAACGGUAAAUGGGACGACAGUGCCUACUUCCAGAAGAUAUUUGAGGUCAAUCUGUUUGGCGUCGURAACGGUCUCAACACGUUUGUCUCUCACUUCGAGAACAACACCGCGGACAGGAAGGCGAUCGUCGUCACGGGAUCCAAACAGGGAAUCACGAACCCACCCGGUAACCCUGCUUACAAUGCGUCCAAAUCUGCGGUCAAGACUCUUACGGAGCACCUAUCCUUUGAUCUGACCAAGUCAAGUCCCAGCACUUCGGUGCAUCUGCUUGUCCCAGGAUGGACAUUCACGGGACUGACCGGAGGCGGCGCCACGAAGGAGAAGCCCGCGGGUGCCUGGGCCCCUGAGCAGGUCGCUGACUACCUGUACAAGAAGAUGGAUGGAUCCUUUUAUAUCAUAUGUCCUGAUAAUGAUGUGGACGAGGAAACGGAUCGCAAGAGAAUGACCUGGACCAUGGGUGACGUUGUUUACGACAGAAAGCCACAAAGUCGAUGGCUGGAUGAGUUCAAGGAGGAGGCAACGGAGACUAUGAACCAGAUGAAGCUUGGCGGGAAGCAGGCGGGUAGCUCGUGCUAG